UUGAAAUGGAAUGAAUUGUUUGUUGGGAAGAAGCUUAAUUACACAGUUGCAGGAGAACCCAAAGGAGAGCAGCAGGCAGGCGGUUUAAGCACGUAAACUUAGAUGGGAAUUCCAUUUCAAAACACAACUUUCGGUGAUAAAUUUGUAACUAAAACCUUCUCUUCACACUUGAAACUUGAAAAACAGUGUGUGGAAAAGAAAAGAAAAAACUAGAAAAGAUUGGAGGAAAGAAGAAAACAUGGCGGUGGAAACUAAGGCGGUGACCGUGCCAGAGUUGGCUCUUGCCGACACUGACAUCAACUGGGAUAGGUUGGACAAGACAAGGUUUCAUAUUAUUGGGGCUAUUCUCUUCACAGCGCAGUCAGCCUUACUACAUCCAACAUCAGUUGUAAAGACUAGAAUGCAGGUAGCUGGUUCUGGAUUCUCUCACAUGGGUGGAAUAUCAGUAUUUAGACAUAUAUUAAAGAGUGAUGGCAUCCCUGGCAUAUUCAGAGGUUUUGGCACUUCUGCCGUUGGAUCGUUGCCUGGUAGGGUCUUGGCUUUGACAUCACUUGAAGUAUCAAAAGAUAUGAUGUUGAAAUACACUGAAGAUCUAGACAUGCCUGAGGCUACACGUAUUGGAAUGGCAAAUGCAGUGGCGGGCAUGUUCUCAAAUUUAGUUUCUUGUGGAUACUACGUGCCCUUGGAUGUGAUUUGCCAGAGACUAAUGGUUCAAGGACUUCCUGGGACUACAUCCUGCAACAGACCAUUUGAUGUCAUGCAUAAAGUGAUAAAGGCUGAAGGUCUUCGUGGUUUAUAUAGAGGCUUUGGAUUAACAGCUGUGACCCAGUCGCCAGCAUCUGCACUUUGGUGGGGUGCCUAUGGUUCUGCCCAGCACAUCAUCUGGAGUAGCUUGGGCUAUACCGAUGAUGCAGCGAAGAAACCAUCUCAUAUGGAGAUGGUGACAGUUCAGGCUGCAGCAGGCAUGAUGGCGGGUGCUUGUGCCUCCGUUAUAACUACUCCCAUUGACACAGUCAAGACACGACUUCAGGUCAUGGAUAAUUAUGGUGUUGGACGACCAUCAGUAUUGAAGACGGCAAAAGCACUCCUUAAAGAGGAUGGAUGGCGUGGCUUUUAUAGAGGAUUUGGUCCACGGUUCUUAAAUAUGUCACUCUAUGGAACUACAAUGAUCGUUACUUAUGAAUUAAUAAAGAGAUUAUCUGUAAGGCGAGAAUGAAAUCUUGAGCCGGAAACGGUGCAACUUUGCUGUAACAUUCGUUUCCUGGAGUAAGAGGAGAUUGAUUCCGGGUUCUUCCAUUUUUUUGUGGGACAGACAGAGUUGGCCUAUUUACAAUAGUAAGCCUUUUUUUUAAGGGAUUCCUUCUCAUGUUGUUUCCUUCCCUGUUAUAUUUGAAUGGGAAGGCUGGGUUUCCUUUUGCCCCUUAGCUCUGUAAAUAUGUAUGCCCGCUCGUAGUUUGUUUAUCAACUGUAUAAAUUUGAGUUGGAUUUUGGAUUUUA